AUGAUUUCCCGCUUAGCAAACAUCUCUCUACCACUAAAACUUCUCGCUGCUUCAAUGGCGUCCUUGCUUGAUUCCGUCACCGUUACCCGCGUCUUUUCUCUGCCGUUCUCGGCCUCGAUUUCAUCUGCUCCAGCGGUUCCGUCGGUUUCUGGACCCCGGAUUUCUUCCGUCAGGUUUCUCGAUUUCAGAGGUUUGAAGGCUUCCCGGAGUUUGGUGGCUCAGUCGGCAAGUCUAGUGGCGAAUCGCAGAUCCAGAUUAGCUCGCGGCGGAAGAAUUUUCUGUGAGGCUCAGGACACCACUGCCGCCGUCGAAGUACCAAACCUGUCUGAUUCAGAAUGGCAAACAAAGGUUCUGGAAUCAGAUGUGCCAGUACUGGUUGAAUUUUGGGCACCAUGGUGUGGACCGUGCCGUAUGAUUCACCCCAUAGUUGACCAACUGGCCAAGGAGUUCGCGGGCAAGUUCAAAUUCUACAAAAUCAACACCGACGAGAGCCCAAACACAGCCAACCGUUACGGGAUACGCAGCGUUCCGACCGUGAUCAUCUUCAAAGACGGUGAGAAGAAAGACAGUAUCAUCGGAGCUGUCCCUAGAGAGACAUUGGAGAAAACUAUAGAAAGAUUCUUGGUCGAGUAAACAAAACAAAUUCGACUCUUUUGUUCACUCUUACCAUUUUACCAUAUAUCUUCCUCUGUUGUGUAUUAUACUAUUAUUCAAUCUCUGCAUAGUCUUUUGACUAUUAUGUUUUCGUGGGCCCUUGUCUGGUUCAAUCAAAAAAAAAGAAAACAAAAAUAGAGAAAAAUAAAACUCC